CUAGUUCCCGUAAAACCCAAAAGAAGAACGAGAAGAAGAAGAGGAGCGGUUUUUCCGCGAACGAGCCAAAUAAAAUUCACUGCAACAUGGCCACAGCAAUGUACUUGGAGCAGUAUCUUGAUAGUAUUGAAGGACUGCCUUUUGAACUUCAGAGGAACUUCAGUUUGAUGAGGGAGUUGGAUAACAGAACACAAGAGCAGAAGACUGAGAUUGACAACCUUGCUGAAGAUUAUAUUGCCAGUGUUAAGGAAUUGGCUCCUGAACAACGUGUCCACCACCUGCAGAAGAUUGAAAAUGCAUACUCAAAAUGCAGAGAGUACAGCGAUGAUAAAGUGCAACUUGCUGUGCAAAUAUAUGAAAUGGUAGAUAAACACAUUCGUCGUUUGGAUGCUGACCUGGCUCGUUUUGAGAAUGAUCUCAAGAAGGAUUCAUUUGGUUCAAGCAGCCAGGAAAGUUCAGAUGAGAAAAGACUGAAAAGGGACAAAACUGUCAAAGUCAAGAAGACAGUGGAGAACAACCCUAUCUCAAAAAAGCUGAAAAGCAGUGUCACCGAGUCCCUUUUGGCCAUGCAUCCGGCAGAUGUGCUGGACAUGCCAGUGGACCCAAAUGAGCCCACCUACUGUCUGUGCAGUCAGGUGUCAUAUGGGGAGAUGAUUGGCUGCGACAACCUUGAGUGUCCAACAGAAUGGUUCCACUUUGCCUGUGUUGGCCUUGCUACAAAACCAAAGGGUAAAUGGUAUUGUCCCAGCUGCGUAAAAGAUAUGAGGAAAAAAUGACUGCCUUCAACAUGUCUUCAAUCAGAGUUUGUUAUCUCAGACAUUGUAUAUGAUGACUUUCUGUUAAUAGCUAUUGUGCCAGAAUUGCCUUUGUGGAUCAUUGGAAAUAUAGGAGGAUUGACCCUGUGAUAACUGUGCACACCACCUAGUGCUAAAAUGGAAUUCUAAAAAAACAGUGUUUGGAAUUCAUGUUGUACAUGCAAGGCAAAUGGGUGAGUCACACGUUUCCAGGAUUGCUUAUGCCUAUUUUGUGGUUAGACUUUAAUGCAGAUUUGCACAGGCACAUAUAAUGCAUAUGUCUGAUUCCCUUGAUAUUAGCCUACAGGGAGUCCCCAUAUGAAUUAACUGUUGUCAUGCUGUCACCGCAAGAUCAUUGUGCAUAGAUGGUAAUGGCAUAAUUUCAUCCCAAAGAUGCUCUAUAAAUAUGUGUGUUUUAGAAACUGUCAGUCAGGCACCAAUUUGCUUUCUGGAAUGUAAUGUGUGGAUAUGUGCAUUGGUGCAUAUCAACUAAAUGAAAUUAAACACAUUUGUGCAAUUCAGGUGAAUGUCAGAAGAUGUCAGGGCUAUGUGAAACUAUGCAUUGUAUUUUGACAGAUAUUUGUAUAAUCAUUGCUGUUUUAGUAAAUUCUUUUUGCUGAGGCCA